AAAAAUAAAAAUAAAAAUAAAAAACGUGGACAUGUUUGAGUCCUGAAGCAUUUUCUUAACAGUAUUUAACCCAAAAAGAAAACAUGAAACAAAUGAACCAUCUCGCGGGAAGCAUGUCUGUUAUCUUCCACUGUCUCAUUUCCACUCCAAUAAAAACUUCAGAACUCUUCUCCUUCUGCAGUCAUUUCAUUUCCUUCCCUCUUCCAAAAAAAAAAAAAAAAAAAAAAAAGAAGAGAGAAUGUACAAGUCGAAGUUGCAGGAGCUGUGCCAGCAAAGGCGAUGGGCAUUGCCAAGGUACACCUCCAUGAAAGAUGGCCCUGAUCAUAAUCCUUUUUUCAAAGCCUCAGUGUUUGUAAACAACAAGUUGUUUAACUCCUCUGUCCCUUGCAAAUCUUGUAAAGAAGCCCAAAGCGAUGCCGCUAAGUCCGCCUUCCUUUACUUCGGUUCCUAUUCCUAUUCCCUUGCGGCCACUGCUGGUAACCCAAAUCCUGUUGGAGAGGUUGAUUUGGGAUUUUACAAGAAUCUGUUGCAAGAAUUAACUCAGAGAGAAGAAUGGAAUUUACCAGAGUAUAAGACAGAGAAAUGUGGUGUGCCUCAUAGGCCAACAUUUUUUUCUAGUGUGGAAGUGGGAGAAGAUGUUUUUUAUGGGGAAGGAGGGAAAUCCAAGAAAGAAGCUGAGAUCAACGCUGCUAAAGUUGCUUACACCAAUCUAACCGAGCGUUUACAGGUUAGCAGCUCUGAGUUAUGCUCGCCUCAAUACUUGACAAGUGAACAUCUUAAAGUUACGUCUACCUCGGUCUUGGUUACUUUUAUGGAAAAUGAAGAAAAUGAAACAGGAGGAAAAGAGUUAGCCAAAUCCACAACCAGUAAUGAAAACUCUGCUUCCUGCUCUAGAUUUGUGGCUGUCUCACCCAAACAAGGCUCGUUAUCUUCUUCAAAUUUGCUACUUUCUUUCUGCCUUCAACAAAUUAUUUUUCCUAUUUCAGGCAUCCAAGGUGAGCCUCUUAAAUCCCUGUCUAGUGCAGACCUAACCACUGCUGUAGAAAUUGAAGAAGAUGCAGAAGAAAAUGUGCAAGAAGCUUAUACACAAGGGAAAGAAGGCUCAACGUGUAGUGAAUCAACACAUGUUGACAUUUCAGGUCUCUCAAUUUCACACUCAAAUAUGGAGAAGGAUAAAGGGUUUACAAGUUAUUUCCUUAACAACAGGUUUAGAGUUUAUCGAUGCUUCCCCAGCAUUGCAUUUCCACAGGGCAUCACUGUACUGCCUAUCAGUGAGGAUAAAUGGGUGGCCGUAAGCUUGGAGUUUCCAAAUGAAAGAGAUGAUUGAUCCAUCUAUUGGAGGUGCUUGUUACACAUUAGCAGCAUUUUCUGUAACACUCCUUAACCCUUAUUCGCCACUGGAAUAGGGUUACGGAGCAUUACCGGACUUUUCAUAACAAAUACAAAUAUUACACAAU